AGCCCGAUUAUUGUUUUCAGUAUUGCUAAAGCUCGAAAGGCAUCCUAAGUCAAGAAGCGUCCUAUUUUAAGUACGGCUCGUUUAUUACUUAUCUGCGUGCGUGUGAACUUUGACAACACAAUAAUUCUGAGCCAGGAAGUACUUGCUAACAAUAAAGAAAAAAAAUAAGGAUAAAACAGUUCAUGUCUGCUGGGAUGCCAGAGCAUUAUCGUAGACUGAAUAGUCGUGCAUGUCACAUUUUUUCUAAAGCUUAUUAAAUCAAAAUGAAGUUAGAAAAGUUUGAGAUUUCUUUUGACAACACUCGAGGUGUUUUCUGUUCUGGAGAACAGGUUAAAGGAAAUGUCAUCAUCUCUCUCAAGCAACCAAUGAAGAUGAAAAAGAUCACAUUGUACUUUGAAGGCCGUUCCAAGUCACACUGGGAGGUUAAACAUGGCCGAAGUAAAACAGACUAUAGGGCAAACGAACCAUACAUUCAUCAUGUGAUGCUGUUAUUUGGUAAUGAUGAAACAAGCCAGGAACAUGCAGCGGGCUAUCACACGUAUCCUUUCUCGUUGAUGUUGUCGCCAAACCUGCCAUCUUCAUUUGAGGGUCGCCGUGGAUACGUGAGAUACUUCUGUAAAGCAUCGAUUAACCGACCAUGGAAGUUUGACGAGCACACCAAGAGAGCUUUCACCGUUAUUCACCAUCUCGACCUGAACUUUCUGCCCGAAGCUACAAUGCCAAUAGUUGCUGAACAGGAGCAGGCGAUUGAAGGAUUCUGCUGUUCAGCAGGUUACGUGUCAGCGCGGCUACAGCUGGCUAAGACGGGUUACGUACCUGGCGAACCCCUGGCCUACAACAUUGAUGUGUACAACAAGUCGGACAAUAAAGUUGACAAAAUACAGCUGGAGUUAAAACAAGUUGUGACAUACACAGGGUACUCCGACAGUCUGUUUUCCUCGGGCCACCCGAAACAGCACACAAAGAUCGACCAGUUCUCUCUGUGUAGUCACAGCUGUAACCUGAAGAAAAACACUGAGGAGCAUCUCAACCGAAUUGCGACCAUUCCAUCUCUACCCCCCUCCAAAAUGGAGGGAUGCAGCAUCAUUGAUAUCACAUAUUUCUUGUCGCUUAUUGUGAGUGUUGGCUGGACGAACAUCACGGUGGAGCGGAUGAUCAUUAUUGGGACGGUGCCCAUUCAGCAGUUUCACAGCUUUUCUAUUGUGCCUUCCACAGAACCCACAGCACCUCCGCUAGAACCACCGGAUUACUCCGAACCACCCCCAUCUUAUGAGGAGAGCGUUUUCCACUCGGCACCCAUGGGGGAUGAACCGGAAGAGGCACACACUACCGGAGGGAUGACAAACUGGGCACCAUCGUACAUCUACUACAACUGGAACCAGCCCGCACAGGCUAUACCCACCAUCCCGCCACCGGCCUACAACCAGCUGUAGCAGAAAACAAAAACAAAAAUCUUUCUGUUCACCUGAUGUUGAGGUUUCAUCAUGUUUCAAAUUCAUUAUUUACUAAUAUACUCUACAUGUCAGCCCUCUACAUUGCCACUGUUUGAUCGCAUAUGCGAUAAUGUGUUUUCAUCUGGCGACUAAAACAUUUCAUACUUUCUACAUAAUAAAUAGAAGUAGGUGUCAUCUGGCGACUAAAACAUUUCAUACUAUCUACAUAAUAAAUAGAAGUAGGUGUCAUCUGGCUCCUAGGUGGAAAAGUUAAUAUAGAGGGCUGUAUGUGUUUGCAGAUACAAAAUAACAUUGAAAAUGUUAAUCUUAAGGAGAAAUAGUUACAGAAGAAGGAACUUUUAUUUAUAUAGUGUAAAUAUAUACUGAGAGAAAUAAGCCGUAAAAGAUUUAUCCAUCUUUAUGCUGACAUGUACAAUGUUUUUUCAUAAUUAUACUGACAAAAAAUUGUGGAUGUUGAGAGCAAAUAGAAAUUAUUGGAUAAGAAAAGACAGAUUUAGUUAUAUUUAGCCAAAUUAUUUAGAAUAUUUGUUUUUACGAAACACAAUGCGACAAAAAGAAGGACAUGUCAUACAAGUAAAUUGUGUUUGUACUGAAUACUGAAUUCUUGUUCUUAAUGCUUAUGUAUCAAUCAUUUAAAAACAUGUUUAUAUAUUUCAUAAUUUUGUUCACAAGUUUAAAUAUUGUAACCAGUCCUAUAUUGAUUGCAUCUAAUUAUAUCAGAUUAAUGUCUCAUGUGACUGAUUGUCAUUUAGUUUUCUAUAACGGGUUUUCCCCCAUUUUGUUGCCAGUAAACAGUUCCUCCACCACCAACACCGCAACAAAUUCUCAAGUCCGUUUCCACCCAUAGCGAAUUAUUGGCGUUAAUGUGAACUGCAUUUCAUAUUAAUGUUACUUCCAGUAUAUAGUGUCAGUAUUAAGUCACAAAUAAUCACAUAUUUAACAUUAAAAUAGUUGUACUUUGUCGCCUAAUUCACUAAACUCUCACAACUUUGUGAUCUCGCAGUGCAAUGCUAAAAGACUUACAAAAGAGGAUUCUUUGUUGUUUAGCAGAGCCUAAGAGACCUUUGUGAAUUAGGCCCCAAGUUCAUAAAUACAUAAUGAAACCACAUUCCUCUGAUGUUUGGUGCCUGAAAUACAAUAAAACCAGUUGCCAUAAGUACAUUAAAUUUUGAUUUAACCUUCGUUCAAAUGCUGGGCAAUACUUUUUUGAAGUAUUGUUUAUUCCUUAAUGGUAGUUCUGUCAUUUAUUUGUUAACUUUUUUAAUUUUUUAUGGAUGAAAGUGUGGGUUGGUGGCUGUGGAGAAUGUAGGUGUCGUUACUGUUUUAAUUCACUUUCUUUUUGUUACACAUUAUUAUUGUCCUCAGUGACUGACCUUUUUAAUUUUCAUUUUUUAAAUGUUUUUAAUAGUGUUAUUAUUAUUUUGUUUUAAUACAAAUUAAAAAAAAAAAAACGUUGGGUACUUUUUAUAUCCUUUUGUUUUCACAUACAAUGUUACAGGAUGAGAUUAUUUCCCUAACUAAUGUCAUAGAACUGACAUUUUAAUGUUAAAUUUUCCGUAAGUUAUUAUAAGGAUCUUCAUUCAACUACUUCUUUCUUUCUUUGUGUAGUUUCACAUUUAUUUUAGCCUUUUAUUUUUAUUUAUUCUUCAUCAGCUGUAACAUUUUUGUAAGAUAUAAAUUUUAGCCAUAUUUCAUUAUAUAUUUAUAGGAUUAGUUUUAAUAUUUUUUACACCUUUUAAUAUUAACUUUAAUCAAUCACUUUCAUACUGGUAUUAUAUCUUAUUUUAUAAAUAUGUUACCUCCUGCCUACUAUUCUUAUCAGGGUAUGAAUUAACACGGGGGAGGGGGGGAAUCAGCCCUCGACUAGUUAUUACUCUCAUAGAUCGAUUAAAAUGUACAAAAACCACAACAGAAUUAGCUAUGUAUCCAGUUAGUCAGUAAAAAAAUUAACCAGUUAUAAUAAUUUAGGCCAGUUAUAAAUGGUGCUCAUUUCAUGUCUAGACAUAUUCUGUCAUAAACAUUUAAAAUUACAUCAAAUACGUCAUUCAGUUGUAUGGUCUUUUAACAGUAAGUAUUUUUUUAAUUGAAACUAAGUUUCCAAAGGGUAAUAUCUUUUUGUCAAUAUUGUAAACGAGUUUGACAUUAAGACAAUAGUGUUCAGAUUGUUUACAAUUAUCUCAAUUCUUUUUUGGGUGUCGUUUCAUUCAUUCAUUCAUUCAAAUAUCUGGACUCUGUCUUGUACAGAGAUGUGACUUACUGUACUAGAAAACAAAUCAGUGUGUAAAAAAAAUAGGGUUUGUUUAAAUACAAAUAUGCAAUAUCAAACGGCAGGUAUAAAUAUUAUGUAACUAUAACACUCACACCCCUGAGGUAGUGGGACAAAAUGGUGAGCGGGUUUUGAACAUGUUUCAAAAACUAAAACUUUUGCAGCAAUUUCAUUGAAAAAAUAUGUGAAAAAGGUUUUUAUCUUCCUGUUUUACUUUUAGAGAAUUCUUAACUUUCUUCUGACACAGCUGUACUUUUCAACUGACAUUUUCCUGGGCCAUUCAUGUUGGGGUAGGGCUAAGGGGUUAUAGCCAUCUUCUUUUGCUUGUCUAAAUGAUAGAAAUGCUAAAUUUUAAUGCCCCAGAAUCCUCUGAAAAGCUUAAAUGGAUAACAUGCCUUUGCUCCCACCCCAACCCAGUAGUUUUUGGCUUUUUGUUUUCACUAAUGGUCAUUAUUGAUAGUUAUGGCCUGCAAAUAUAUGAUGGAUUAUAAAUAUACAGAACUUUACAUACAUUGUUUUCGCUUCCUAUUUAUUGCACGAGAUAUAUACCACGAGUCGUAUGUUCUUUCACAAAAUAAACAAGUGCAAUAAAUAGGAAGCGAAAACAACGUAUGUGAAGUUCUGUAUUUAUUACAUACCUUCUUUUAUGUUUUAUAAAAAUGGUUUUUAAUUUAACGUCAUAACAACAC